AUGCUGCUAAGAAUAAAAACUGCUGCCGCCAGGCCGCCGACGUCUCAACUGAGACGGACGCGAGGUCAAACAGACGGAGGCGGGAUCAAACAGACGGACGCGAGGUCAAACAGACGGAGGCGGGAUCAAACAGACGGACGCGAGGUCAAACAGACGAACGCGAGAUCAAACAGACGGAGGCGGGAUCAAACAGACGGACGCGAGGUCAAACAGACGAACGCGAGAUCAAACAGAUGGACGCGGGGUCAAACAGAUGGACGCGGGGUCAAACAGACGGACGCGGGAUCAAACAGACGGACGGGAGGUCAAACAGAUGGACGCGGGGUCAAACAGACGGACGCGAGGUCAAACAGACGGACGCGGGGUCAAACAGAUGGACGCGGGGUCAAACAGACGGACGCGAGGUCAAACAGACGGACGCGGGGUCAAACAGAUGGACGCGAGGUCAAACAGACGGACGCGGGGUCAAACAGACGGACGCGGGAUCAAACAGACGGACGCGGGAUCAAACAGACGGACGCGAGGUCAAACAGACGAACGCGAGAUCAAACAGACGGAGGCGGGAUCAAACAGACGGACGCGAGGUCAAACAGACGGACGCGGGGUCAAACAGAUGGACGCGGGGUCAAACAGACGGACGCGAGGUCAAACAGACGGACGCGGGGUCAAACAGAUGGACGCGGGGUCAAACAGAUGGACGCGGGGUCAAACAGACGGACGCGAGAUCAAACAGAUGGACGCGGGGUCAAACAGAUGGACGCGGGGUCAAACAGACGGACGCGGGAUCAAACAGACGGACGCGAGGUCAAACAGAUGGACGCGGGGUCAAACAGACGGACGCGAGGUCAAACAGACGGACGCGGGGUCAAACAGAUGGACGCGGGGUCAAACAGACGGACGCGAGGUCAAACAGACGGACGCGGGAUCAAACAGACGGACGCGGGAUCAAACAGACGGACGCGAGGUCAAACAGACGGACGCGGGAUCAAACAGACGGACGCGGGAUCAAACAGACGGACGCGGGGUCAAACAGACGGACGCGGGGUCAAACAGACGGACGCGGGAUCAAACAGACGGACGCGGGAUCAAACAGACGGACGCGAGGUCAAACAGAUGGACGCGGGGUCAAACAGACGGACGCGGGAUCAAACAGACGGACGCGAGGUCAAACAGACGGACGCGGGGUCAAACAGACGGACGCGGGGUCAAACAGACGGACGCGGGGUCAAACAGACGGACGCAAGAUCAAACAGACGGACGCGGGGUCAAACAGACGGACGCAAGAUCAAACAGAUGGACGCGAGGUCAAACAGAUGGACGCGGGGUCAAACAGACGGACGCGGGGUCAAACAGACGGACGCGAGAUCAAACAGAUGGACGCGGGAUCAAACAGACGGACGCGAGAUCAAACAGACGGACGCGGGAUCAAACAGACGGACGCGAGAUCAAACAGACGGACGCGAGAUCAAACAGACGGACGCGGGAUCAAACAGACGGACGCGAGAUCAAACAGACGGACGCGGGAUCAAACAGACGGACGCGAGAUCAAACAGACGGACGCGAGAUCAAACAGACGGACGCGAGAUCAAACAGACGGACGCGGGAUCAAACAGAUGGACGGGUUCGUCAGGGCAUGUGACUAAUGCCUCUCCUCCCAACAAUGAUGCAUUUAUCGGGUUCUUUGUGUACGUCUCGUCGCUCAACGCUCCGCUAAUUUCUGAUCGCCAUUGGGACUUCCCUAAUCAGCGCGGCCCCUAUUAUCAGGAGUCAAGGUCUUGGGGAGGGUAA